GUGACUUUAAUCGUCUUAAUGUUAACAGAAUCAAACAUCAUUUUCAACUGAAACAGAUAGUUCAGACUCCUACCCGCAGAAAUGCGAUUCUCGACAUCAUCUUAACUAAUCUGCACGAGUAUUAUGAAAAACCUCUAAUAAUGCCCCCUUUUGGACUAUCCGACCACAAUACUAUCAUUUCAUCUCCAAAGGAAAGAGCUAAAGAUCUAAUCUCUAAUGGCACCACCUUUAAGCGUAAUAUUAAUCCAAGUUCCAAACGAGCCCUGGGAAGAUAUCUAAACUCGAUUGAUUGGCCUCAAAUUAUUCCAUCUACUAAUGAUUGUGAUCAGUUAUCGAACAUGUUUCAAAACAUAGUCCUUACUGGGGUUAAUAUAUUAAUGCCGAUGACACGAUCAAAGAAAUGUCCUGUCGAUGCCCCCUGGAUAACGAACCAUUUCAAAUCGCUGAUCAUUGAAAGGCAGAAAGCUUUUUCUACCUAUGGCCCUGACUCGAGCAGUUUUAAAUCUCUUCGAAACCAAGUAAAUCGAGAAAGGAAAAUCUGUAAAUCAAACUAUUAUAAACUCCGUGUACAUCAAAUGAAACAAACAGACUCCAAGGAAUGGUGGAAAGAAGUAAAGCGUUUAAGUGGAAUGGCAUCUACUAGAUCUAGUGAUAUUAGAAAUAUAAUAGAUAUUGAAAACCUCGAACAAUUAUCUGAGCAAGAAUUAGCUAACAAGAUCAAUGAAGCUUUCUUGGAUCCCUUAUCUGUAUAUAAACUGCCCAGCCCCCUUCUUCCUUUCGAGCUAGAAGUUAACAACCCUGAGUUUUUAGUAGUCACUGAAGAAACAGUGUAUUCAUAUUUAUCAAAGCUGAACCCUACAAAAACUUGUGGUCCUGAUGAAAUAUCAAAUUGGCUUCUUCGUGAUUAUGCAGCUAUAUUAGCGUUCCCAAUUAGUACCAUCUUAAAUGCUUCCUUCAAGCAACAACGACUUCCAUCGAUGUGGAAACUAGCCAAUGUUUUACCUAUACCUAAAUCUAAGACAGUUCAAAUCUUAGAAAAAGAUCUCAGACCUAUCUCACUGACCCCGAGCAUAUCCAAAGUAGCUGAAGAAUGUGUGGUAAAUAGAUAUAUCAAACCUGCGGUUCUGAAAUCCAUCGACUCAAAUCAAUUUGGUUCUAUUCCUAAUUCUUCAACCACUUUUGCUUUAAUAGACAUGUUACAUCACUGGACCUCAAUGCUGGACGGAACAGGAGCAACUAUCCGAGUGUUCCUAUUUGACUAUAAAAAGGCAUUCGAUUUCAUCGAUCAUAGUAUCCUAAGGAUCAAGUUAGGUGCUUUAGAUUUACCAACUAGUAUCAUCAACUGGAUUAUCGACUUUUUAUCGGAUAGAUAUCAAAGGGUUAAGCUGUCAAAUAGUUACCUCUCUGAAUGGGGCCAAGUACCGGCUGGUGUUCCUCAAGGAACCAAAUUAGGCCCUUGGCUCUUCUUAAUAAUGAUUAAUGAUUUGAAGAAACAUAGUGAGAACUUAUGGAAAUACGUUGACGAUACCACGGCGUCGGAAGUCGUAUUGCAAGGCGAGCACAGUGAAGCUCAACUGAUUGCAAAUGAAAUUUUAGAUUGGUCCAAUAUCAAUAGAAUGCAAUUAAAUGCUGAUAAAUGUAAGGAGAUACGAAUUUCUUUUGCACGGAAUCAACCCGAGCUUAACCCAAUUUCAAUUGAGAAUCAAAUCAUAGAAGUUGUAUCCGAUUUUAAAGUGCUUGGUCUUAACAUUAGCAACAACCUUACGUGGAAUAAACAUAUCACUGAAUUAGUGAAGAAAGCCUCCAAAAGGAUAUAUUUCCUUAUUCAACUUAAGAGAGCAAAAAUCCCAAUACAAGAACUAAUCACAUUUUACAUAACCUGUAUAAGAUCUGUGUUGGACUAUGCUGUCCCGGUUUUCCACUACAGCCUACCCAAGUAUUUAAGUCAAGAUUUGGAACGAGUCCAGAAACGCGUAUUUGGAAUUAUUUAUCCCCAUUUGAAAUAUGAGGAAGCUUUAAAUCUCAGUGGAAUUGAACAUCUUUCUACUCACCAUCAAAACGGCUGCAAGAAAUUGUUUAAUGCAAUUAUCAAAGAUUCUAAUCACAGUCUACAUUACCUCUUGCCGCCAAGGCAUAACUCCAUCCACGACCUGAGAUCUAUUAGAUCUUUUGACGUUCCAGUUUGUAAAACCAAUCGGUUUAGUAAUAGUUUUAUUAUGGCAUCGAGUAGCAAAACUGAAUAGGUUUUACUCUUCAUUUACCUAUUUUAUAUUCUUAAUAACUUUUGCAUGCUUAUUAUAAACAGACACUUUUGACAAUUUAGUUAAUUAAUUAUAAUACUUUGAUAUAUCUCAAAACUCUAAUUUUUAAUAAUUUUUAAUUGUAAGUAUAAUACGCAAUUCAGCUCAUGGCUGCAAUGUAUUUACCAUUUCUAAAUAAAGUAUAAAAGUAUAAAGUAUAUAUAUAUAUAUAUAUAUAUAUAUAUAUAUAUAUAUAUAUAUAUAUAUAUAUAUAUAUAUAUAUAUAUAUACUCAAAUUGAAACGGAGUCAUUGUGCUUGCACUGAUUAUAUAUUGUCUCCAAAACUUCAAAACUACAGUACAUUUUGUAAAUAACAUGAAAUAUAUUUAAACUAUCAAACAAAAUUUUCAUUAAUGCUAUUGAAAUUUAAUAGGCUACAACGAAAUAGCAUUCUACGGCGAUAAUUUCAAUCUGUCAUAGUAAUUCACCGUUUCCACGGGUUUUUAUAUAUACUUUCAAAACGCUACAAUAAAGCUACAUUUUUAGGAAAUAACAUUAUUUAGUUAUAUAAUCAGUGUAAAGAAAAUGGAAAUCCAACAGUCAAUCGCUUUCGAUGCAACCUUGACCUUGUUUAUAUUACCGUCGCUUGAAACUAUCAUAAAAACAUUGAUUAUUCGCGUGAGAAUCUUAAGUUUUCUUCUUUUGACAUAAUAGCUAUUUUUCAAUAAAAAUAUUGAUAUUAACUAUUGAAUCAACAUUUUAAGUUUCAGGCUAGUUAUAAGCGCUAGCGCUUCAUAACUUUUCAUGGUUUUGAUCAUAGAGAUUAUAAAUAACACUUUGCGAUACUUUUACGAAAACGACAUGAAAAAUCGAAGCGAUCUAAAAACAUAUUUUUAAAUAAUUAACUGUAAAUUAACUUACAAUGAUUAUAUUCACAAUUAUAGUUAUACAAUCCAGUAUUCACUGCUUGCAAUUGCAAUCUCAGAUUCGGAAAAGUCGGUACCCCAAAAAUGGCGACGUGAGAAAGGCUACUUCGCUCUGUGCAACAGCCGUAAAUUAUUUUUAUACUUAUUUUAUAUUGCAAUGUGGUGUUAUCUCUAUGGUUUUGAUGGCAUGCAACAUGUACGCACUGCGUACCUAUUUUUAUAAAUGUUGUCAUGAACACAAUGUUACCGGCAAGUACAAUUUGUUGCUGCGAGUCGAAAGAAGAUUUUUGAAGCUUGUUAUUAGGCUAAAAUGAUUGGGAAAAUAAAUAGUUUUAAUCACUUUACCUUUUUAUUAUAAAUUGUCUUGUUGAGCAGAAAAGCAUCUAUUGCAUCAAAAAUCAGUAAAGGCUUUUUAUGGUGUCGUUUUAACAGGAUGUCAGCCAUGCUGGGAUUAAAGCAUUGAAUUAAAGUAACAGAUCUCAAAUCUAGUUCGCAACACUGGAGAUUUUAGGAAUUUAAUUAAAAGCAUCGACCAAAAAUAUGUAUACGUUAUUUACCGUUGAGGUCGGGCCGUACUUGAAAAAUAUUUUCACUCGGUCUCAGAAGGGUCCAUCGACCUUUGGUCUCGGUCCGCUUCUGAGACCUUGCGGAAUUAUUCUUCAGUACGGACUUCCCAGCUGGUAAAUAAGGUACUAUAUUUCUUAAAAUUAUGUCGAAGGAGAAUAAUCGAUUUUUGACUUUUUUUUAAAGUGAAGAAAAAAUAUCAAUUAUACCUGUUUUAAAACCAUGGAAUUUUUAUAAAGGCCGGACAAAGACAAAUGUUGAGCUUUAUUCUAAGUAUGCUGUUACCAUGGUAACAGACUUUCAACACAAAAGUAAAUUUCGUCUUCCAAUAAAUUUCGUCUUCGUGUCAUGUAAAGUGAAGAAACAGGGGUCUCCUGGGUACUAUGGUGUAGUAUAAUGCAAAAACCCUAGGGACCCACCUUAAUUAAAUAUACUUAAAACUAUAUGCUGAGACUAGAUGUCCAAAGUAUCAGAAUUUUGAUGCUUUCACAUAUUACUAAUGCUGAUUAUAGAUUAUAGACGUCCAAAAUAUAUCAGAUAUUCUGAUAAAUUUCUCUCAAAUGCUCAUAGCUACAGCAGAAAUAUUCCAAAAAUUAAGUUCAUGUAUAAUAAUACACUAGCCAGGGUACUUAAUUCAGUCCUGCUCAAAACUCUCUUCAACCGUCAUAUAAAUUUGAACCAGCUCAAUGUUGUUGCACGAGAGUUGACGCGAGAGUUUAUGCACGCGAACACGCGAGAGCGACACCCUUGUUUGAACGAGGCUUAACUUUAUUUAACUCUGUCAGCGUUCUCCCAGACGCUCAGUAAGGGUCAACUUACAGAUGUCGAUAAUAGAUAUAUUAUACUAGUAUACUUAUCAGUAGUAAAUGCUGACUUGCUUCUUAAGUUCGCGAUAUAUCAAAAACGGCCUCAUCUUUCCAUAUUAACAAACUCAGUCAUGGCCAGAAAUGACGGACAUUGUGCAAGCGUACCAGUCGGUCAGCGGCUUUUCCGUUUAUCCACAAGAAUUCCUAAUUAUCCUUUUACGACCUAUCAAAGCAUCCGGAAUUUCAAAUAUUCGCGUGGGUGUUGUUUAUAAAGCAAAGCAUGAAGUAUGCACUCAAGUUGUGGCCUUUAGUCUACCAGACUCAGGAUUUGGCUAAGCAAUGACUACGGGAACGAAAAGAGAAGCUUUCGACGAGUAUUUUGGUACCAAACAUGUAGCAAGGCAAUCAAUAUUUCGAGUUUGGCAAGCGAAUGGAAUAUCACUUUUCGACCGCGAUGUAAUAUUAUAAUAUGCAUAUUAACGCACCGGCUUGCGAAUUUCAAAACAAAAAAGCAGAGCUUUUAACGGGUGUAACAAAAUAAUAAACGGCGGAAGGCAAGGCUAUGCUAUUCUUCAAAAUAAAAUGAUUUCAACAAAUUUCGAUAAUUGAAUAUAUUACGAGAUAUAGCCUUUUGAGCGAGAAACCUUUAUAGAUUCCUAUGUAAAGUGAGGUAAAAUGUUCUAAUAUUCAAUCGCAAAAAGCAGAGCGAGUAUGCAAAGAAAUGAGAACUUUUUUUCUUAAUGUGUUACUAUACGGCCGCUACUUCUGGAACCAAUUUCAACAAAUAUUCAAAGAUUUAUAUAUAGCAUGCUAUAUUGAAAAUACUCCGCUCGCCUGAUAAUAAACAUAGAGCAUUGAGCAGCCAUUGUUGCGUGGGGGCUCGUGGUAACGUGAAACCUGAGAAAUGAAAAUGUCCGUGAUUUCUGGCCAUGUUAAGUACAAUCGUACGCUCCUAACCCGUCGUAAUUAACUGUAAGCUCAACACUAAGUCACUAACUUUUAAAAUUGUUGUGACGUCAUCAUUGUAAAUAUUAUGAAUAAAUCGUUGCUUCUGUCACAAAUAUAUUUCUAUGAUCUUCACCGUAAUGACAACGCAUCCCUAACCCAGGCUUUAUUGUGCGCGUAACGUGAGAAACUAUAACCAUAAACUAUAUAUUUCUUAAUCUUUCUAUAUUCUACCGUUACUAGCACUCUAAUAUCUGACUAGACAUCAGAAGGACAAUAGUAUGGAAACUUGUACCCAUUUUUGGAACCUUUUCACUAGACCACAAUAUCAGCCAAUAAUUAUUUUAAGACCACACAGAUUAUUAAAUGCUUUUAAUUACAAGUUUCAGCCGAGAGCUUAUAAGACAAAAGAUUCGCGCGACAAGUUUUAACAUAGUACUUAAACGUAACUAAGCCUGACCACAUACAGGGUGUCCCAAAAAACCCAAAACGAUUGAAAUAUCGUAUUGUUAGAAUUUGAAUGCCCCAGCACUAAGCUGAACCCACAUGUGCAUAAAAGCUUAACAUAAGUAAAUUUUACGCAUAAAGAAACUGUUUUUAAAAGAAGCUGCUUUAAAUUCCCAAGAGCAGAAAAUUGUAAGCUUUACAAAGAUAUUUUAAUAAAUUUAUUAAUAACUAAAGUCAAUAUUUAAGCAUCUUUGCGUUCAGCUUAGCGCUAGGGCAUUCAAAUUCUAACAAUACAUUAUUUCAAUAGUUUUUGGGGUUUUCUGGGACACCCUGUUUUACUGUCUAUAAGCAUGCAGUUCAACCAAAUAAUUCACAAACUGAGAAUGUAUGCAUCAACAGCUGCGAACAAUGAUACCGCAGGCAUAUGUGAACCAGGCUAAAGUAAAGUGCUUAUAGCUGAUAUUUUACUUCGCUUGAAAACAAUUCUUCGCCAAAUUGCCUUUCUUUUGAAUUUGCAUGUUUAAACAAUGCACAUGCAUACUGACAUCAUAUUGUGUAUACAGUAUAUAGUGUACCAUGCUAUUUGGCAGGCAAAAGUACAUUUAAUUAACCCAUGAAAUAGCAUGCAAAGCAUCGUUCUGGCAGAAUGCCAUACUAAAGGGGGGGAGGGGGGGGCAAGGGAAUUUUCGUGACCCGUGAAUAGCAAUUAUUCGUGCUUCGUGAUUUGAAGAAAUAACAUUCCGUGAAUCGUGAUUAAUAUGCGUGCCGUGAAUCGUGAAGAGCUAAAAGGGCUAGCUAUAGGGUCUUGAAUUUUCCAAUAUUUUACCCUAAAUUGUGAAUGUUUACGCUUAAAACUCGACCCAAAUUUAAUAUUAACUCAUUUGCUUCCCGCGGUUGCCUUUCUUUAGGUUUCUUCGUUUCAUCGUAAACGUCGUUCUCGUGUACCUUCGUACCUCUUCGUAGACUUCGUGAACCAUC